GGUAGGUACCUAUGAAAUUAAAAAAACUAAUGCUAUCGACUUAUAAAAUAAAAAUGAAUGCAGAAAGGAAAAAAUAGGAAAUGGAAAAUAGAAAUUAAAAACACUAAACACAUGCAGGAUCUAGAAAGUAAACGUAAAAUACAUUAGUGUAAAAUAUGUUUUGAACUGUCAGUCUUUGAAUAUGAACGCACCUUAAGACUUACAAAAACCAAAAUUCAUACAUUCAUAAUACACGAGUAAUUGAUAACUUUGCAAAAGUGCGGUUUUUGUUUAAAAACAGUAAAAAAGGGAUUAAUCUUUAUUAAAUCCCUAUAAAGUAAUUCAUCUCAUAAUGACAGACGUUGCAAAAAAGGUCCAAGACUACAAAGAUUCUUUGAAACUAAAGGCGGAGCAUUUGAUAAUUAAAGGUUUCCCAGAAAAGAUAGUGAAAUUAAAUGAAUUACUAGAGACAUCAAACUUUCAAAAUCGGAAUUUAUCGGACGUACAUCAGGAUUUAAACAUUCCAAUACCAACACCACCUGCGACGUCAAACAAUGAGCCAAAUGCUAAACGUCAAAGACUGGACUCAUCGGAGUUAUCCAGCAACUCAACCAUAGAAGGAACACGGGUUUAUGUACUGCCGAAUGGUUCAGUACCCUGCAACAAGCCACUCAGUGAUCUUAUACAUCUUGUUAAGCCACACAUUAGGGAACUUGUUGAAGAUUCAAACUUACUCAAAAUGUGGAUUUCAUUUAUGAUUCCGAAAAUUGAGGAUGGGAACAAUUUCGGUGUUUCAAUACAAGAGGAUACACUGGCAGAGAUACAAUCAGUAGAAUCAGAGGCAGCUGCUUUUUUUGAUCAAAUCUCACGAUAUUUCAUAUCCAGGGCUAAAAUAGUAUCCAAAGUUGCCAAAUACCCCCACAUUGAUGACUACAGAAGAGCUGUUAGGGAAUUGGAUGAAAAAGAAUAUUUGUCACUCUGGUUGGUAAUGUGCGAGAUCCGCAAUCGUUACUGCUCACUCCACGACAUUGUCAUCAAAAACUUAGAGAAGAUUAAAAAACCACGUUCAUCGAAUGCUGAGUCAUUAUAUUAGGCCAUAAUCUCAAUUAGUAACCAUACACAUGUUUGUAAGGAUAAUGUGAGAAUUUGAAUAACGCGGAAACAUUUUUUGAACACUAUGACAGGUAAAGGUUGAAUGACAUUGUUACUGUAAAUAUUUUAAGUAAUAAAAUCCUCUCUUAGGCUUCUUUUGAUAUUAUCAUCAUUAAACAUUGACCAAAUAAUCUUCAUAUUAACACAGAUUUUAUUGUUUCACUAAAACUGUUACUUUGUAUUAGGAUCCUCUAUUCAUUACAUCAACAGUAUUAAAUAGAAAUAUAUGUAAUAAAUAAUUCUUAUUUUUAAACUUAGUGUAGUAACAUGAUACAUUUUCGGUUAUUUCUACAACACAAUUUAAAUCUCAAAUAAUCUAAUUUGAAAGAAUUUUCAUUCGACCUUUAUCUUCAUACAUACUGGAUAUUAUAUCAAAAUAAUUAAUUCCCUCUUUGUAAUAUCAUAGCAAAACGAAACACUCUUAUAUCUUUUCAAGCUUAAAAAUGAACUGUCCAUUGAAACAGUAUAUAUUUCAAAAUACAGUUUAUUGCAUCUCUUAUAAUGUUAAUCAAAUAUAGUAACUGGAUGAUUUAUUGUGUCAAUCGACUGAGCAAAAUUAAAUUGUUUCUAUGCUGUGGUAAAAUCAAAGUUUGAAAAUACUUGAGUGACUCCGCUCAUUCAUACUGAUAUUUUUUGUUACGCGCAAAACUGAUUGAUUAAAUUGUUUUGAACCUCAUUGUUAUUUAAUUCUUACGAACUAGAUGUUUCCUAGCGAAAUUUCAAAAACAUCCCGGAAAAUUUACAAAACGUGAUAUGAUUAGCUCUUUGUCAUUAAAUAAUAAUUAUUUAAUGUAUACCUACUGAAUAUCGAUAAACUACAUUUUUAUGAAAAUAA